AUGGAGACACCUCCGUCCUUCCUCGAGUUGAGCACGAUGGAAAUGGCGGAGGGACAGAAGUUCGAAGAAUACGCCACGAAUUGGUGUUCGGAGGCGGCAAAGCACUAUCCCCCAAUUUGCGAGGCGCAGCAAAUUCAGAUGUUCUAUGGGACCCUCAAAGGGGCUUAUUACUCGCACCUUAUGGGCCACAAGUCCACUUUCUCGGAAAUAAUCAUGGCUGAGAAACAAGUAGACCUCGGCAUCAAGUUGGGGAGACUCGAAGGCCCUACGAAGGGAAGGGGAGAGGAGUUCUCGAAGAAGACCCCUACGGCGGCGACCUCUUCCAGUGGAAGAAGAGGGAAAGAGGUCUCGGUUAAUGCCGUUAAUCCAGCACAUGCGGGAUCUCAGCAGUAUUCAGUGAAUUUCACGCCCGCACCGCCUUCUAUUGCCGCCUACGCUUCGCCGGCUGUGCAUUAUCAGCCUCAACCUCCCGUUCAACCUAUCUACUACUCAGUUUCACUGGCUCUACUACCUGCGGCCUCGCAACCAGUCGUCCACCAUUAUACUCCCGCUCCGCCUCAGGCCCAACAGUACAGACCCUCGGCUUCGAGAGCUCCUCAGCCGACACAACAGGUCCCACCUUCGCAGGGUCAACAGGGCGGCAUAGCACAACCGCGACUGCGCAGGCAGUACGCACCCUUGCCGGUCCCGCUCUCCCACAUAUACCGGCAACUCCGUGCGGGCAACAAGAUCGGAACAGUAGCGCCCGACCUUAACUUCGAUCCAACCGCUCAAGACCAAAGCAAACGUUGUGAAUAUCAUCAGGGUGCGCCGGGGCAUACCCUGGAUAAUUGCUGGAGGCUACGUGAGAGAAUCCAAGAGAUGAUUGAUGCGAAGGAGCUCUCGUUCAAUGCCGUGAGGUCCCCGAAUGUGCAGACCAAUCCCCUCCCUGAUCAUGGAUCGAGCUCAGGACCCUCCAUUAAUAUAAUCAGCAUUUGUACCUUAGGGGAGGACGAGAGCGAACAGGACAACCCUUCCCCCUUUGUGAUCGAGUAUGUCCCCGCGGAAGCCACAGUUGGGUUCACGGGGCUUAGUGCCUCACCUACCCCUUUCGUUAUAGACGUCCCUGCAUGGUUGCCGUACUUGGACAACAAGGUCCCAUGGGCCUAUGGAGGGGAUGCUAGCAGUCUCGAACACCAGUUCAGUGUCAUGGGCGUGACGCGUUCGGGUCGCGUAUACGAGAAUCCAGAGGCUGUGAACAAGGGAAAGACUCCCGCCGCCGCAAUAGGUACAUUACCCGAGGUUACGCCGAUCCCGCCAAAGAAGGUAACCGAAGAGGAAGCUGAAGCAUUCAUGAAGAUCAUCAAAGAGAGCAAAUACAAAGUGGUCGAGCAAAUUGCCAAAUUUCCAGCCCACAUCUCACUACUCGCUCUCCUCCUUAGCUCAAAGCCACACCGAGAAGCGCUCCUGAAGGUCCUGACGACGGCACAAGUCCCCAAGGAGACGGCUCCAGAUCUCACUGAAGAGACCAUUGGCUCAAUCUUCUCCAACAACAUUUCAUUCUCGGAUGACGAACUUCCCUCCAAAGGGUCCUCGACAUUCCGAAUGCGUUCAGCUUGUUGCUCGGGAGACCUUGGAUCCAUUCAGCGGGCACAGUCCCCCUCCACUUUGCACCCAAAGCUUAAGUUCAUCGUAGAAGAAAAGCUCAUCAGGGUCAAAGGGGAGGAAGACUAUGCCAUCUACAAGGAGACGGCUGUCCCUUACAUUAGCAUCGGGGAUGACGAGAACCUCCCUUUCCACUCGUUCGAGACCAUCUCUGUUAUUUGA